AUGGAAUUCAUGAAUAACUCAUGUUUACUUUUGCUGAUCCUGUUCACUUUUCUAUUCUAUACUAAAAGUAAUUUUAUACUUCGUCCAACAAAUCAAAUUACUUAUGCUGGAUCUACAAUACAACAUGCAUGUAGUGUUAUGACUACACCAGUUUUUAUUGAAUGGUAUUUAAAUACUAAUAAAAUUGGAAGUUGUCUAUUUCAAACCAAUACAACUACAAAUACUUUUGGUGAUCCUAAAUUUCAAAUUAUUAUUGGACAGUAUACAGAGAAAUUAUUGCCAAUAUGUCAGCUUAUCGUCACGAAUAUUGAUUUUGUCGAUACUGGUGAAUACAAAUGUAAAACUAUUCAUCAUGAUUCUGAAAGUGAUACAGCUUCAGCUUAUAUUCUUGUUUCAUAUCCUAUACGAAAACUUGAAUUACACAUAGACAAUGAAACUUCUCUAUCAGUUGGUCAACGUACUUAUAUUGAAUGUCAAGCACGUGCUGGAAAACCUGCACCACAAAUUCGUUUGAAUUUAGGUGGACUGCCUAUAUCUGAAGCACGAGUUGUACAAAAAGUAGAUGUUGAAGGUUUAAUCACUUCAACUGCAACAGCCAAUAUUAAAUUAACAAAUACACAUCAUUGGCAAUUGUUAACUUGUCAUGUUGAUAUGCAAGCAUAUCGAAAUGUUAAUCAAACAUUCAAAGUAAUUCACCUUAGCGAUUAUGUACCAGCAGAACUCUAA